UUCGUAUUUUUUUUUUUUUUUUUGUCUUAUAUGUGCUAAAAGACAUUUAGAUGGAAAAGAAAGAGAAAAGCUGUCUCUGUUGACAAGUGGCAUGACCUGGUGUGUAGGCAAAUCUGGGGAGUACACACACAGACUUGCUGGGGCUGAUAAAUGAGUUAGUGAGGCUACGGGGUAUAAGAUAGAUACACAAAAAGCACUUAUAUUUUUGUAUACUAGCAGUGACCACCGGAAAAUGAAAUUAGUGUAGUAAUUUUAUUUAUAAAAGCAUCAGAAAGGAGAAAGAGUAGAUUUAGCUAAAAUGCAAGAUUUCAUACUGAAAACUUAAAACGUUUUUGAAAAAAUUAAAGAUCUAAAUAGAAGUCAUCCCAUGUUCAAGAAUUGAAAGACUUGAUAUUAUUGUAACCAUAGCACUCUCCGAAUUGAUCUGUAGAUUCGGUACAAUCCCUGUGAGAAUCCCACGUAGCUUUUUUGGCAGAAAUUGACAAACCGAUCCUAAAAUUCAUAUGGAAAUACAAGAGACGCAGAAUAGCCAGUGCGACCUAGAAAGUAGAUCAGUAUUGGAGGACUCCUGCCUCCCAUUCCAAACUUACUUUGAAGCUAUAGUCAUCAAGAAGGUGUGGUACCAGCUGAAGGAUAGAUCACGGGAUACAUGUCGAGUCCAGAAACAAACCUUGACACUUAGGACAACUUGAUUUUUGGCAAGGGUGCUAAGACAGGUCAGUGGAGACAGAGCCAAAGAAUGAAUUUGGACCCUGCCUCCUGUCACACACAGAAUGUAACCGAGAAUGGGUUACAGACUUCAGUGGAAGAGCUGAACCCAGUAAGACUCCUGGAAGAAAACAGAGGUGUAGUUUUGGGAUCUUGGACACUAAAAGCCCAGGUGACCAAAGAAACAAUUUAAAUUGGACAUCAUGAAAAUUAAAAACUUUGGUGCAUCAGAGGACGCUAUCAAGAAAGUGAAACAAUACAACCUGGAAAGUGUAACCUCACGCUUGUAAAUCAUAUAUCUAACGAGGUAUUUAUAUCCAGAAUCACAUGAAGAGCUCUUACAACUUCACGUGAAAAGACGAAUGACACAGGGAUUCGUUUUGGCUGUUACCAUCAUGAGGGAAGCAAUUGAUGAAUUUCGGCGUUUUCAGCGAGACAAGGAAGUAAAUUCACAGCUAUACAGCAAGCUCACAGUAAGAGGUAAAGUGCAAGUUAAGAGUUCAGACAUACAAGUUGGAGACCUCAUCAUAGUGGAAAAGAAUCAAAGAAUUCCAUCGGACAUGGUAUUUCUUAGGACAUCAGAAAAAGCAGGUUCGUGUUUUAUUCGCACUGACCAGCUCGAUGGUGAAACUGACUGGAAGCUGAAGGUGGCGGUGAGCUGCACGCAGAGGCUGCCAGCCUUGGGGGACCUUUUUUCAAUCAGUGCUUAUGUUUAUGCUCAGAAGCCACAACUGGAUAUUCACAGUUUUGAAGGCACCUUUACCAGGGAAGACAGUGACCCGCCCAUUCACGAAAGUCUCAGCAUAGAAAAUACACUGUGGGCGAACACCAUUGUGGCGUCAGGUACUGUAAUAGGUGUUGUCAUUUAUACGGGAAAAGAGACUCGAAGUGUAAUGAACACAUCCAAUCCAAAAAAUAAGGUUGGUUUGUUGGACCUUGAACUCAACCAGCUGACCAAAGCGCUGUUUGUGGCUUUAGUCGCCCUGUCGGUUGUUAUGGUAACCUUACAAGGAUUUGUUGGCCCGUGGUACCGCAGCCUGUUUCGGUUCCUCCUCCUCUUUUCCUACAUCAUUCCCAUAAGUCUUCGUGUGAACUUGGACAUGGGCAAGGCCGCGUACGGGUGGAUGAUCAUGAAGGACGAGAGCAUCCCCGGCACAGUCGUGCGCACCAGCACCAUCCCAGAAGAGCUGGGACGCCUGGUGUACCUGCUGACCGACAAAACAGGAACCCUCACCCAGAACGAGAUGGUGUUUAAGCGGCUGCACCUGGGGACUGUGUCUUACGGAGCAGACACGAUGGACGAGAUCCAGGGCCACCUCAGGAAUCCGUGCCCGCAGAUGCAGUCCCAGGCUGGCGGAAACAAUGCCAGUUCAACGCCCCCGAGAAAAGCCCAGUCUUCAGCUCCCAAAGUCAGAAAAAGUGUCAGCAGCCGAGUGCACGAAGCAGUGAAGGCCAUCGCGCUGUGCCACAACGUGAGCCCUGUGUACGAGUCCCGAGCCGGUGUGGGCGGGGAGGCCGAGUACGCCGAGGCAGAUCAGGACUUCAGCGACGGGAACCGGACCUACCAGGCCGCCAGCCCGGACGAGGUGGCCCUGGUGCAGUGGACAGAGAGCGUCGGCCUGACGCUGGUCAGCAGAGACCUGGGCUCCGUGCAGCUGAGGACCCCCAGCGGCCAGAUCCAGACCUACUGCAUCCUGCAGAUGUUCCCCUUCACGUCAGAGAGCAAGCGGAUGGGGGUCAUCGUCCGGGACGAGUCCACUGCGGAGAUCACCUUCUACAUGAAAGGGGCCGACGUGGCCAUGUCCUCCAUCGUGCAGUACAACGACUGGCUGGAGGAAGAGUGCGGAAACAUGGCCCGGGAAGGCCUGCGCACCCUCGUGGUCGCCAAGAGGGCGCUGACGGAGGAGCAGUACCAGGACUUCGAGAGCCGCUACAGCCAGGCCAAGCUGAGCAUCCACGACAGGGCGCUCAAGGUGGCGGCCGUGGUGGAGAGCCUGGAGCGCCAGAUGGAGCUGUUGUGCCUCACGGGUGUGGAGGACCGGCUGCAGGCGGACGUGAGGCCCACCCUGGAGCUGCUGCGCAACGCGGGCAUCAAGAUAUGGAUGCUGACAGGCGACAAGCUCGAGACCGCCACCUGCAUUGCCAAAAGCUCGCAUUUGGUGUCCAGAACCCAAGACAUUCACAUUUUCAGACCAGUGACCAAUCGGGGAGAGGCCCACUUGGAGCUUAACGCCUUCCGGAGGAAGCACGACUGCGCUCUGGUCAUAUCUGGGGACUCGCUGGAGGUGUGCCUCAAGUACUACGAGCACGAGCUGGCGGAGCUGGCCUGCCAGUGUCCCGCCGUGGUGUGCUGCCGCUGCUCGCCCACCCAGAAGGCCCGCAUCGCGAAGCUGCUGCAGCACCACACGGGGAAGCGCACGUGUGCCGUCGGUGACGGGGGAAACGACGUGAGCAUGAUCCAGGCGGCCGACUGCGGGAUCGGGAUCGAAGGGAAGGAGGGCAGGCAGGCCUCCCUGGCAGCGGACUUCUCCGUCACGCAGUUCCGCCACAUCGGCCGGCUGCUGAUGGUCCACGGGCGGAGCAGCUACAAGCGGUCGGCGGCCCUGGGCCAGUUCGUCAUGCACCGGGGCCUCAUCAUCUCCACCAUGCAGGCCGUGUUCUCCUCUGUCUUCUACUUCGCAUCCGUCCCUCUGUACCAAGGAUUCCUCAUGGUGGGGUAUGCGACCAUAUACACCAUGUUCCCGGUGUUCUCGCUGGUGCUGGACCAAGACGUGAAGCCGGAGACGGCGAUGCUGUACCCAGAGCUGUACAAGGACCUCACCAAGGGGAGAUCCUUGUCUUUCAAGACCUUCCUCGUCUGGGUUUUGAUCAGCAUUUACCAAGGUGGCAUCCUCAUGUACGGGGCCCUGCUCCUGUUCGAGUCCGAGUUUGUGCACGUGCUGGCCAUCUCCUUCACGGCGCUCAUCCUCACGGAGCUCCUGAUGGUGGCCCUGACCAUCAGGACGUGGCACUGGCUGAUGGCGGUGGCCGAGGUCCUCAGCCUGGGCUGCUACGUGGCCUCGCUGGCUUUUCUGAAUGAGUAUUUUGAUGUUGCCUUCAUCACGACCGUGACCUUCGUGUGGAAAGUGUCGGCCAUCACCAUGGUCAGCUGUCUGCCGCUGUACGUCCUCAAGUACUUGAAGCGGAAGCUGUCUCCCCCCAGCUACACCAAGCUCACGUCCUAGGCCGGCCACAGCGGCAGCUCGGGGGCCGUGCGGGGCUGCGGGGAGGUCGGGAAGGGACGAGCCCGAGGGCCCGGAGCCCCCGCCGCCUGGACGCUCCCGGCCCGCGUGGCGAGUCGCGCUCACUGUUGCUCACGACUGCGUUUCCGUGUCAAACCACUCGCGUUUCUUUUGAAAAGAAGCCCUACUUCUCUCACUGUUACUGUAAAGCAUUCGUCUGACUCUCGUGUUCUGAGAAUUAAAAUGAAAGUUUAUUUA